GCAUGGUGUUCGGGUCACCGUAUGGCGCCGUCCUGGUGUGACUUUACUGAGUGGUUUAAAAUGCCUUGACGAAAAUGGCUUGAUACCUGGUCAUUGAUAAGUGUAUUUGGCCAUUAACUACUAUAUCUGGCCAAUAAACACUGUAUUAGGCCUUUUCUUAAUCAUAUUGACCGUUUGGAAGGUUUACCAGAGUUAGUACAGAAGGAAACGUGUGUGAUGUGUGGUGGUAAGAGUCACAUUAGAUAACAUUCUUCUCACGUGUGUCUGGACCGAGGCGAUAACUCUGAACAUAUUCUUGAGUUAUGUACGUUAUCGCUGUACCUCCAACACCCCUUGGCCAUGGACUAGUGUAUCUGGCCAUUUAAUGCUGUAUCCGGGCCAUUUAAUGCUGUAUCCGGGCCAUUUCUCUAACGGGACAAUACUUCAUUUGGUAUUGUCCUGUUACUGGACUUCUACUGUGAUUGGUUGAUAGAAACUGAACUACUGCUCUGAUUGGUUGAUAGAAACUGAACUACUACUCUGAUUGGUUGAUAUAAACUGAACUAUUACUCUGAUUAGUUGAUAUAAACUGAACUACUACUCUGAUUGGUUGAUAUAAACUGAACUACUACUCUGAUUGGUUGAUAUAAACUGAACUACUACUCUGAUUGGUUGAUAGAAACUGAACUACUACUCUGAUUGGUUGAUAUAAACUGAACUAUUACUCUGAUUAGUUGAUAUAAACUGAACUACUACUCUGAUUGGUUGAUAUAAACUGAACUACUACUCUGAUUGGUUGAUAUAAACUGAACUACUACUCUGAUUGGUUGAUAUAAACUGAACUACUACUCUGAUUGGUUGAUAAAAACUGAACUAUUACUCUGAUUUGUGAUAGGAAGUGAAAUACUAAUCUCAUUGGUUGAAAAAAGACUACACAAAUGACAGUAAUUUGGCCAAUUAUGUAUUUAGAAACUACAAAAGUUACGUAUUCAUUUAAACAUAAAUGUAAAUAAAGUUUUAAGACUUAAAGUUGGGUAAAAAGUGAACCUAAAUUUUUUCCCUGAAGCGUUGAAGGAAAUAUAAUUGUUUCCCCUUAAAUACCCACAGAAAACGGAAAUGAAAAUCAUCCGAAAUUAGUAACAAAACACUAACUCAUUUUCUUAGGUUAUAAAUACAAUAAAAUACACCAAUCAACCUUCAAAUUAACGCUAAUAACAUCCAUCAACUCUAACAAACACCAAAAAACGUUACAAACCAACGUAUAUGAAUGUUAUAAUCUGAAAUAUGAACGCUAUCGGGCAUAAUCAGAGCACGGAGGAAUUUGAAGGGGUGACAAAACUAUUUUCCAUGGUAUACCCAGUCGCUGUCGCAAUGGAGGGAGGGGGCGCUCAGAGUAACUUCACCAGCAACAAGUUAUCAGAAGAAGGUUAUUAUAUAUCGGCGUUCUUCCUCUUGUUCAUCGGAAUGUUCGGCAUGUUCAAUAAUCUCGUUGUGAUUAUUGUUAUGGCUAAGAACAAGCAGCUAAGAUCACCCCUCAACAUGUUCCUCCUUAACCUGGCCAUCUCUGACUUCGGCAUCAGCAUCGUCGGUAACCCAAUGUCCCUCGUCGCGGCGCUUAACAGAGGGUGGGAUUUUGGCCAACGCGUUUGUGUGGGAUACGGCUUCCUUAUGUCCUUCUUUGGUAUCUCCUCUAUCUCUACUCUGACCGUACUGUCAUUUGAGAGAUAUUUAAUGAUCUCUCGACCGUGGAAGUCCUCAGAGUUGACACACAGAGGAUCUUACUUCAUCAUAGGGGCAAUAUGGGCUUACGCCUUUUUCACUACCGCCCCGCCCCUCGCUGGCUGGGGGGGAUUUGACAUCGAGGGUCCUGGGAUAAGGUCUUCCUCAGAGUUGACACACAGAGGAUCUUACUUCAUCAUAGGGGCGAUAUGGGCUUACGCCUUUUUCACUACCGCCCCGCCCCUCGCUGGCUGGGGGGGAUUUGACAUCGAGGGUCCUGGGAUAAGUUGCUCAGUUGAUUGGGAAACUGGUACGCAGGAAAACGUAUCGUAUAUAGUGUUCCUGUUAUGUUUUGGGUUGGGUGUCCCGAUGUCCAUAAUGGCGUUCUCCUACACCAAUAUUAUCUUGACUCUAAACCAGCACGGGCAGACAGGACUCCAGGCAGGGGUGGCACGAGCAGAGAAACGUGUGGCAGUCAUGAUCCUGAUAAUGGGGACCACUUUCCUCAUGGCCUGGACCCCUUAUAGCAUUCUAGCAAUGUUAAUGGCCUUCGGUAACCCUGAUUUAGUGACGCCCGGGGCUGCUGUUGUUCCCGCCAUAUUUGCCAAAUCAUCCUGCAUGUAUAACCCUAUAAUAUACGUGGGUCUUAACACACAGUUCAGGUCAGCUUGGUCACGUCUGUUAUGCUGUAAAGGAGAUGAGGUCACACAAGGUCAAGGGUUAGUGACAGAGAAGGUCAGCUUAACUAUCUUCACGGAACAUAGUCCACAGCCUGAGUCCAUUAAGCUAAAGAUACUCAACAGGGUUCGAACCAACACACUGGACUCAGAAGCCUACACGUCUGAUCUCACACCUGUUAAAAUCCUUCAAUUGAACCCCGUCAAAGUUCAACAGCAAGUUCAAGUCUCCACAUCUGACAGAGGAGAAGUUCGAAGCGAGAUAGUCUAAGGUUUUGAACUUUUGGGGAAACGUGGAGAUGGAUUUUUGAACUUUUCUGGACAGUGGGGUUGAUUUUUGAACUUUUCUGGACAGUGGGGAUGAUUUUUGAACUUUUCUGGACAGUGGAGAUGGAUUUUUGAACUUUUCUGGACAGUGGGGUUGAUUUUUGAACUUUUCUGGACAGUGGGGUUGAUUUUUGAACUUUUCUGGACAGUGGGGAU